AUGAUUGUAAAUAAUCAAAAUCAUAAAAUUUUAAUAAAUUCAAUAACAAAAGAAAAUAAUAAUUCAUCAAUAAAAAAAGUAUCAUCAUCAUCAUCAUCAUUGAAUAUUAAAACAUCUGUAGAAUUUAAUAAUCAUAAAAAUAUACAAAAAAGUCAACAAGAUUUAAAUGCUAUACAUAAAAUUAUUGAUCAAACAGAUAAUAAUCUUCGACAAGCACUUGAACAUGCAAAUUUAAGACAUGAACAACUCGAUGAAUUACAAUAUAGAUCAGAAGAAAUGCUUAGCAAAAAUGAAAAUCUUGUAUUUGGUAUUACUAAUUAUCGUAAAACUCAAGAACGUGAUAUUUUAUGGCGACGUUUACGAUAUGUUAUAUUUGGAGUUAUUACAAUAGGUAUUAUUAUUCUUUUAAUUAUUUUAAGUAUGACUAGUAGACGAUCAUCAUCUUCAUCUCAAGUAAUUGACAUACGACAUAUUAAUGAUGAUUCAUCAAAUAAUAAUAAUAAUAAUAAAGAUAUAAGUUCAACAAUGAAAUUAAUUGUAUCUCGACGACGAUGA